UUCGGAAAAUGAUGAAUCUGGUAAACGUCCAGUAUUCGGGAAUAGAUUUUUGACCGAUGAAGAUGAAGUUUUUAAGCACAAUGCAUGGUAAAUAUGUUCAAACAACUCUUUUGAACUGCUUGCUUCGAAGAGCCAUACAUGACACUGAACACACAACCGACUUGGAACUGACACGACAUCGCAAGAAGCCUGCUGGAGGUGGAAGAGUUUUAAAAAAUACCUCGAUUGUCUAUAGCUUUAAUGCUUGGGAUAAUGUGGAAUGGGACGAGGAGCAGGAACAGAAAGCUCUGGAGGCUGUGCAGAAGAAUUCAACCGUAACAAUGCCGGAUGAUGAUAAAAUAAAGUUUAAAAGUGAUGCCGACAAGUUUUGGGACUCUUUUUAUGGCGUUCAUCAGAACCGAUUUUUUAAAGACCGUCAUUGGCUUUUUACCGAAUUCGCAGAAUUGGCACCAAAUAAGGAUAUACAAAAAAGUCGAAAUAUUUUCGAACUUGGAUGCGGGGUAGGCAACACCAUAUUGCCGAUACUAAAAUAUAGUACGGAGCCAAAUUUAAAGGUUUUCGGUUGCGAUUUCUCUUCUAAAGCGAUAGAAAUAUUUAGAAACCAUCCAGAGUUCGACACAAAAAGGUGCGAAAUAUUUGUAAUGGAUGCUACAAGCGAAGAUUGGAAUGUUCCAUUUCAGCCGGAGACUCAAGACAUAAUUGUUUUGAUUUUCGUACUGUCUGCUAUUGAACCAGUAAAAAUGAAACGAGUGGUUGAGAACUGUCAUCGUUACCUUAAACCGGGUGGUUUAGUUUUGUUCCGCGACUAUGGCCGCUAUGAUUUAGCACAGUUGCGUUUCAAGAGUGGCAAAUGCUUGGAAGAAAAUUUAUAUGUUCGCGGCGAUGGAACUAUGGUAUAUUUCUUCACGCAGGAGGAAGUGAGAAAAUUAUUUACAGAUGCUGGAUUUGCAGAGGAACAGAAUGUUAUAGACAGACGAUUGCAAGUGAAUCGGGGACGAAUGCUAAAAAUGUACAGAGUUUGGAUACAAACUAAGUAUCGAAAACGGCAAACGUGACACUGUAAUAAAUAAAAACUGUACAUAGGUAUGUCAAUGUUUUGAAUUAAAAAAUUGGAGGAAAAUAUAUAUUUGCCAUUUUCUUACACAUAAAGGAAUAAGAAAAUUUC